AUGCAAGGCGAUUCGAAUUCCUGGCAGCAGGUCGGCGACCCAGCGGCGUCCUCGCACGCUGCCCGGGGCCAUGUCACAAAUGCAUCGCCCCUCAUGAACAGCCUGGAUUUAGAAACAGCUGCUCAGCUUCAAAUUCAUCAGUUUCAACAGCUGCAGCAGCAGCAACAACAACAACAACAGCAACAGGCCAUGCUCAUAGCGCACCUGGUGCAGGCCCAAGCGCAAGCCCAAGCGCAGCGCGCAGAAGGAGAGGACGCGGCGACAGCUGCGGCACGCGCCAUUAUUGCACUCCUAGGCCCUUCCCUUGCUGCAGCCGCUGCCUUUCAGCUAUCUCUCCCUCCCGCAGUGCAGCUGCAAAACCUAGCCCAACAACCGCCGCAACAGCAACCAGCUCCUAGAGGGCAAAAUAUUGUCACAGCCAGGGAAGAUCCACCAACCCGCCGGCAACAGGCACCUGCUGCUGCUGCUGGCCCUCUGACGGGUCCUGUGUCACAGGCUCCGGCACUCAGCGCUGGCGGCCCGCCAGCGCCCCUUCCUAGGAUUUCCUCGGCCAUGCCGCAGACGGCGGCCUCCCGAGUCGGCAAUGGUGGCACGAGUCGUCGUGGUCAGCUCCGGAACCACAUAAGCCCCCCGCAGCUGAUUAACCCACGUGGCCGUGACGCCUCAGGUCCGUGCGCCCCUUCCGAUCUCCGAGCUACCUGUGCAGCCGAGGAGUGCAGCCCGGGGCCUGAACCGGAAUGGGAGGGGUGGGAGGGUGAGGCCAGCGGCAGUGCCCAGGUGCCGAUGCUGUGCGAGGGGCAACGGCCCCGGGAGGAUGAGCGCCUCGGGCGCCCGGGUGACAUCCGCCCGCACUCUAACAACCAUCCACAGCUGCGGCAUAGUAGCGGCGGCGGCGGCGGCGGCGGUACGGGUAAGCGGCAGCGGCAGCCUUCCUCCCCUGACCUGCCGCGGCGGCUCCAGCAGCCGUCCCAGCAGCAGCCUCCGGGAGACCAGCUGCCUGGACCGCCACCACCUUCACCGCUGCCAGAGCAGCAGCAGCAGCAGCAGCAGCAGCAGCAACAGAACCAGCAGCAGGACCAGCAGGAGGAAGAAGAGGAGCGCUCACCGCGACUGCCGCGGCCGCGUGCACAGCGGUUUAUCCCGCCACCGCCACUGUCCCAGCAGCAGCAGCAGAUGCUUUCUGCGGAUAGGGACAGCGACAGCGCAGAUUCACGGGACCGGCAACGCUUGCACCAAGGCCAGCCGCCGCAGCAGCAGCAGAUGCUGCUGCCGAGGCCAGCUGCAUCUCCCAGCGGGAUCACUGCCCAGCGGGACGGGCAGCCAGGUACCGGGCCGGGGUCCGGGUCCGCAGCAUUAUCCGCGGCGGCCGCCGCCGCGGCUGCCCUGACAGCUGCCUGGCAGGCGACGGUGGGUGCCGUACAGGCCCAGGCCCAGGCCCAGGCUGGUAGUCCUCCGCUACUGCCUGCUGGUCUGCAAGCCCUCUCCGGUCUGCUCAAUCCGCUCGCGAUGAACCCCGGGGCGAUCUGGGCCGCCAUGACGCCGGCAGCAACUGCGCACGCCACACAGCAGCAGCAACAAUUAUCGGCGUUGCAACAGCACGACCAGCAGCAGCCACCUACGGCCUUAGAUCAGCUUGCGAGCCUGCUACUGCCGCGGGCCGUUGGCCAGGUCCGGGGUGACGGCAGCAGCAGGCAGCAGCAGGCGGAGCCGCCCCCGCCGCUGCCGUCAGCGAAGCAUCAUCAUCAUCAGCAGCUGCAACACCAUUACCGCAAGCCGUUGUACGGCGCCCAUCUUCGGAAUCCCCAAACGCCCCACAGUCGCUGUGCGCGAGGGGACUCUGACGGUGACCAGGAGCCCGCCCACAGCUCCGGAGCCAGCGGCAGUGGCAGUGGCGGAGAGGAAAGGAGCCGCAGCGUCGCCAGCGGCAGUGGCAGCGGCAGCGCGGUUAUGCCGCGGUUGUACGGCGGCGGCGGUGGGGAUCGGGGGCGCAGCGGUGGAGAAAACGGUGAGAACGGCAGGUUGAGCGCUGGCAGCGGUGGCGCCGCUGCCGCACAGCCCUCUGCGCGACACAGAACGCAUAGAGGCGGCGGUGGUGACGGCGGUGGCGGUGGUAUCGCUACUGGAAACGCGAGGUCGGUACUUCGGCCUCGACCUCGGCCUCCAAGUCCUGGCGGCGGCUGGAUGCCCACCCUGGGUGGGCUUCUGGGCCCGCAGCAGCAGCAGCAGCAACAACAACAACCGCAACAACCGCAGCGGAGGCGCGAGGAUGGAGGCGGCAAACUGAUGCGCAGUAAUACGGCAGCAGUGCCUGCUGCGGAUGCGGCGGAAGAGCUUGCUGACGUGGGCACCGACGCCGACGCGGACGGUGAUAGCCCCAUGCGUGACGGCGGUGACUGCGCACUGCGGCGCCCAGCGCCGGCCGUGAAGGCCGAAGAGGAGGAUCAACAUGAAGGUUUGCCCCGCGGGCUGGGAGGGCCCCGCAGCGGCACCCCGACAGGCCACAUGCAGCCGCAGACAGGAGCCUCAGCCGUACAGGGGCCCAAACCCCAAAGCUCAUGCCGCCUGUCAUUGGUGCGUCUGCAGCGCCCGGAAGCAGCAGCAGCCGACCAGACGCCGGCGCCACCGCCGCCGCCGCAGCAGCAGCAGCACAAGCCUCUGCGGCAGCCGCAGCUAGCACUGACGGCGGCGGCCACGACGGCAGGCAGCAACACGGAGGCGGGUGGCAAAUUGCUCCUGUCUCGCUCCCAACCACCGCUGGCAGCUGUGGCCUCCGCGGAGGUGAUCAUUGCUCCUGUUGCCGGUGCUGCUGGUGCGGCCGCUGAAGGCUCAUUGGCAGGUGGACACAGCGGCAACGCCGGCGGCCCUUACGUGGCAGAGACGGCGGCGGGGUCUCCUCAUGCCGUCUGUGCUGGCGCCCCCGGAGGUCAUAAGCGGGCACUGGCCGACACAGCCUGGCGGCAGAGCUCUGGGCAGUUGAGUCCCAGUCGCGGCGGUGGCUGCGGCGGCAGCGGAGAGGAGGGGCGCGAGGGGCCCCCUAAGCACCGCCACCUCAGUUCUCCCGCGCAGCAGCAGCAGCUAUUCCCCAGCGGCGGAAGUGGCCGUAGCGGCACCUGGCCGGAGGGCGCCGCAGCAGCUACUGCCCCGCAGCAGCAGCAGCAGCAGCAGACGGCGGGGGUCACGGGGGCGUCCCGCAGCGGCCUUGGUGGCGCACCGCACAUCCCGUCAGACUCUCCCCACAUCGCCAGCCGGAGUCAGAAUCCGCCCCCACCUCCCCACCCCCCCACGUAUCCGUACACGCACUUGCAACAGCAGCAACAGCGCCUCAGCCGGCAGUUGCAAGCACAGCAAGACGCUCACCCCCGCCAGUCGGGGCGCCACCAGCACCACCAGCACCACCAGCACCGCCAUCACCAUCACCACCACCAUUAUCAUCAACGCCGCAGCGAUACCCUCGUAGGUCACCAACGCCGGGGGGAGGUGAAGAUGGAAGAGGGGCACGCGGAAGCGGGUGAUCCGUGGACCGCGGAGGACAUGAUGCAGGGGGCAGAUGCCGCAGCAACGCUGUCGCUUAUGGUAAAGCCGCUGGCAGCGGCAUCGGCCACCGGGGCCAAGGCCACAUCAUGGCAGGCAGCUGCUGUGGUGGCUGCCGGCGGCGCCGCCGCCGCCACGGCCGGUGGCGGUGGCGGUAGUGGUUCUGGGGCCUUAUUGGGGCCCACAGCGCAGGAAAAGGCCCCUGCAGCAAUGGCAACCAUGCCCCCGCCGCCGCCGCCGCCCUCGGGGACCAUGGACAGGGCUGAUGCCGCCACUACGGUCACAACCACUGAGACGGCCGUACACCUGGACGAGCACCAGCAUGGUCAACGAACGGAUGCAGGGGGCCGCGCCGUGCAGCAUCAGCAACCGCAAGCCGCUCCGGGCGGCGGCAUUAGCGGCGGCGAUUCUGCGUCGUUAGGUAUGAGGUUACAGCUUGAACAGCAGCAGCAGCAGCGCACGGAGGGCCACGGUGCUCUUAUGCCGUCACUUACGAUUGCCCUGGCAGCAGCAGCGGCAGUAGCUGCUGCGGCAGCAGCGGGAGGUGCAGCUCCUGCACCGACAAGUGCGGAGUGCAGCGGCGGCGGCAGCGACAGCCCUGCCGGUGCCAGCGCCGCCGCCGCCACUUGGCGGCACCGUGUGAGCGCUCCGGGUAGCGCCCCCGGUGCCGCCGCCGCCGGGGGUACGGCAGCAGGGCUGAGCGCCGGUACCAGUGGUGCCGGUGGCGCCGGGACCGGGUCGGGUACGGACCCCGGCGGCAGCAACGCGGCGCGUGUCGCACGCCGGCCGCGAAUGCUGUGGACACACGAGCUGCAUUGCCGCUUCAUGGCUGUAGUGGCGCAACUUGGCGUGGAGACGGCGGUGCCCAAGAACAUCUUGCAGCUCAUGGCGGUGGACGGCAUGACCCGGGAGAACGUCGCCUCGCACUUGCAGAAGUACCGCCUGUACCUGCGUCGACUGGCCGGUGUGCCGCCCAACAGCCCCAUCCCGCCACACCUGAUUGACAACGUGCAGCUGCAGGCCAUGAGGGCGCACAUGCUCAAACACCAGCAGCAGCUGCAUCAGGCAGCCACGAUGCAGGUCAUGCAGGCUCUGCGCCCAGAGCUGACGGCGGCAGCCGCCGCCACCGCUUGCAGUAACGUAAUGGCGGCGGCACCGCCGCUGCCGGGGUCCACCACUCUUGGCGCGGCGCCUUCACUGCCCUUGCCGCAGCCGCAUCCACUGGAUUCGAAUCAGGCGUCACAGCGGCAACAGCAAGCCGCCAGCAUGGCUGCCGCCGCCGGAAUGUUAGGUGGGGUGCAGCAGCUGGGCCGCGGGGUGACACCACAACUGCAGCUAAAGCUACAGCUAUCGGCGCUGCAAGGCAUCGGCGCCUUUGCCGGGCCAGGGGCGGCGCCCGGGAUUGAUCUCCCUGAGACCCAAGCCGCGGUUAACGGUGACACUUUGGACACGUCAGCCGCAGCCCUGGGGGGAAGCCUUUCCGGGCCACAGCUGGCGCAGCAGCAGCAGCAGCAGCAGCAAGCUGGGGCUCGGGGGUUCGUCAACGGCAGCAGUAGCGGCGCCGCGGGAGUUGCGGCGGCGGGGGGCCUGAGCGUCCUGUUAGAGCGGGGCGGUGGGGUGGGUGGUGGUGGUGGUGGCACAUCUCUGCUGCUGCCCGGGGGCCUCCCUCCCGCUGUGGGUGGACCCCGGGGGCCGGCAGCGGAUGCCGCCCGUGGAGGUGAUGGAGGAGGGGCCUCGCAGCAGCAGGGCGUGGGGAACAGCAACGUCCUUUCAGCAGCCGCCGGUCUUCCGGUCUUGGGAAGCCAACCGCAACAGCAGCAGCAAAACCAGGUACAGCCACAGCAGGCGGCUCUGGGGGCGAUGUGGCAGCAGGUGCACCAGCAGUGGCAAGCGCAGCAACAACUUGCCGCGCUAGCGGCGCUUGCACAGAGCCAACAACAGCAGCAACAGCAACACAAUUUGUUGUUGCAACUGCAGCUGCAUCACCAGCACCAGCAAUGGCAGCAACUGCAGCAAUGGCAAGUGCAACAGCAACUGGUACAACAGGGAUUUGCCGUUCUUCAACAGCAACAGCAGCAGCAGCCGCUGUUGGGUAUUUCCCCGGGUUCUUGGUGCGUGCAGAUGCCCCCCCAGAUGCCUUCCGACAAGGACCUGGCGGAGGGUCCCGCGGGGCAGCCGCAACAGAUGAUGGCGAUGGAAACCCCCCUGUGGGGGCUGAGUGGCGAUGUGCCGACCCCGUUCACGCAGCCGCCAGCUGUCAACAUGGCAGGUGGAGGCGGAGGCGCAGUGCCGUACCCGUACGGUUUGCAGGGCGCUUCCCCAUGGAGCCUGGCCGCGCAGGCAUCUCCCGCGCUACUGCCGCCCCUACAGUCCUUAGAAGGUGCAGGUGCGGGAUACAAACAGGACGCGUCAACGUCCCUUCCACAGCAGCAGCAGGCUGCGGCGGAGGCAGCGGCUUUGCAGCAGCCCACAGGUCUGCUGGACCAACCCCAGGUCCAGGUUCGCAGGCUGAGUAGCGACCGUGGCGGUGGCGAUCCGGGCCCCGCAGUGAACCGCUGCGAGCUACCCCUGCAGGGCCUCUUCAGCAGCGGCAGCCACCGCGGCGCAUCAAUGGGCGCAGGCGGCGGCACCGGCCGUCAGGACUUGGGCGGCGGAGCUGCCGCCGGAGCUGCUGCCGCCGGCGUUGGCGUCGGCGUCCUCCUGUCUUCCAGCGGAAGCGACUGCGGAGUCACCGCCGCCGCCGCCGCGGUCGGCCAGCCGCCUGAUUCCCUUAGCAGCGGCUCCCUGGAGUAUCAAUUUCCGCACCUGGCGCAGCUUUUCCAGCAGCAGUAG